CAUGGAACGAUACUAUCAUAAGCCUUCGCUCGAGUUAUGUUACACUUAGGCAUGAUGCGGAUCUCAUCGUGGAGUCCUAUAGUCCUUAUAGGUUUAGCAGACAAUUUGGUUUUUGUCAAGACAUCCCUGGAGACCUCAUGGAGCGACCAUACGAUGGCACAUUGCUAACACUAGCACAACUUUGGAAUUCUUCAAUUCGCCUUGGAACCUCUUCAAAAGUCAUAAUUCCGGUGCGCCCAUCAGAAGGUAGUUCGCCUUUAAUGACUCGUGAGUACAUGGAAUGGUGGCUAGCCAAUCGGACAAAUCCAUCAGAAAUGAGUCCUCGAAUUAUUUCACAAAAAUCAAAGCAAGAUCAUACACCUAUGUUGUCUAAAAGAGGUCCGGCUCGAAUGAAAGAAAAAUCGCAUCCUUCUUCCAAGUCCGAGGUGCAACUUAAUGAUACUCCACAAGCUCAUGAAACUUCUUCUAAAUCCAAAACCUUGAAGGAUGUUGAAAUCCCUAUGGACCAAGGAGUUAAACGCGUCCGACUAGUCUCCAAGACAAGUGCUACGGCUCCUAAGGUGACCAACAAUACUUCCAAAAGAAGGGAGCCUUCGAGUCCAUUGGACAAGGGCGCCAAAGAAACAUCAAGUCUCGCACCACCUUGCAACAAAAAGUCUCGCCCUUCCUCUCUUCCUAUCGAUGUUGGAAAUACCAUCGCAUCCUCUAGUUCGACGGAGAGUAACACAAGUGGAGAUCGACAUUGGAAUCGUUUAGAAAGGAAAUCGAAGGAGUCCGACGAUCACCAUAAUGAAUUCGCUGAUUUGGACGCUAUUAGCAUUGGAUCUGAUAUCCAUCUGGAUGGGGAUCCAAACUCAAUGAUGGGCUUGGAAGAAGUAGCAGAACAAUUGGGUUUCCAGAAACUAGACGCGCUGAAUGCGGCUGAAGUUGUCGUUGAUCAGAUUACACAUCCGAAGACCUUCAGACCUUCCUCACAGCCAUUGCAAUCUAGCGUGUUGAGCUUUGAUCCACAAGGGACUAUUUUCCGCUUCAAAUCAACCUUCGUCUCUGAGAUAUGGGGUGCAUUGUGCGGAUGGAUUACACAAUUUUCUUUAGGUUCCUUAGACAACUUUAUGGUGUUGGAGGCAAGUAUUGCUUCGACUCUUGAGGAACUUAGGAAAAUCAAUAUUAUCGAUGUUUCUGCUUUGGAGGGUCUUGUCGAGAACUUCUUCAAGGCGUAUGCAGAGUAUGACUCUUUGAAAUCGUCGAAGAUGACUAAAUAAUUACACCAAGAAUCACUUUCAGAUGCACAACGACGCCUCGAUGAUGCUAAACAAGAACAUGGAAAGCUAGAUGGGUCCAUGAAGGAGCUUCAAGCAAAUCUUGCGAAUGUGGAGAAAGACUUAGCAGCCUUGAACUCUAGGAAGGAGAAAAUUAUCGCAUUCCUUGACAAACACCAAGAGGAGCUGUCCAAAAAUCAAGAGAAAAUCACCAUUACAGAGGGCGAGAUUCAUACUAUUAAAGCUAAUCAUGUGUUGUCUGAUGAAGAAGCAGAGAGACUAUCUAAACUUGAAGAGGCGGUUGAGAAGAGUCGUCAACAAAUCCUAUGCUUCAAGCCUUUUCCGUGACUUAGAUUCUUGCUUAGGAUUUUUACUUUUUAAUUGCUUAUUAUGAUGUAGUGACAUUUCCUUCUUGAAGCAAUAAA